AUGCCCGACAUCAAGAUCCUCACAGAUUUUGGAAGUAGAGUAAUCCAGCUGGCCGGCAAUGACCGGGACCGAUCCUGUGCCAAAGGCAUGGCACUGCAUGCCAUCUGCCGACCGGAAGACACAGUAGGCUGGCCCCUCAAAGGUGACAUUAAACCACCCUCCGCGCCCUCCUCCUGGGCCAGGCGAACAAAGACCUGGUGCCAGGAAGAGACAGGGCUCCCUGAGGCCGAGCGGGAUCGGCACCACCCCGGACCUGACCUCCCUCAGCCUCAGACCUUGCAGGCUUCAGGCCCCUGCAGCCCCGGAAACAAGAACCAGCCGUCAGCUUCUAGUGUCCCUUGGGCAGCAGCAAAACCAGAGCAGCUUGUUAAUGUCCAAAAGAGUAUGUUUGAAAAAGAGUACACCGUUGACGUGUUUUUCCGACAGAGUUGGAAGGACGAGCGGCUCAAAUUUAAAGGGCCUAUGCGCAUAUUGCCACUAAACAACCUUCUUGCCAGCAAGAUCUGGACUCCAGACACCUUCUUUCACAAUGGAAAGAAGUCAGUGGCACACAACAUGACCACUCCAAACAAACUGCUGAGGCUGGUGGACAAUGGGACCCUGCUCUACACCAUGAGGCUGACAAUUAAUGCCGAGUGUCCAAUGCACCUGGAGGACUUCCCCAUGGAUACCCACGCCUGCCCACUGAAAUUUGGCAGUUAUGCCUACACUAAGUCCGAGGUGCUAUACGUCUGGACUCAUGGAAAAACAAGAUCAGUAGUUGUUGCUGAGGAUGGAUCCCGAUUGAACCAAUAUGAUCUGCUGGGACAGACUGUUGGUACAGAGAUUAUUCAAUCCAACACAGGUGAAUACAUUGUCAUGACAACCCACUUCCAUCUAAAGAGAAAGAUUGGUUACUUUGUGAUCCAGACAUACCUGCCUUGCAUCAUGACUGUGAUUCUGUCCCAGGUAUCCUUCUGGCUGAAUAGGGAAUCUGUCCCUGCACGCACUGUGUUUGGAGUCACCACAGUGCUAACAAUGACCACACUGAGUAUCAGUGCCAGGAAUUCCUUGCCCAAGGUGGCAUAUGCGACAGCCAUGGACUGGUUUAUUGCCGUCUGUUACGCAUUUGUGUUCUCAGCGCUGAUAGAGUUUGCGACUGUGAACUACUUCACCAAGCGGAGCUGGCCGUGGGAUGGCAGGAAAGCUAUGGAAGCUCAGGAGAUGAAGAAAAGGGAACCAGUCACUCUGGCCAAGAAAACCAACAACACAUAUAACAUUGUCGGGACAACAUACACACUGAACAUCACCAAGGACCCCAGCCUGGCAACCAUAUCGAAGAGUGCGGGAACCCAUGCCAAGCUGGGCAAAGUUGAGGAGAAACUGCUCAAGACCAAGAAAACUUACAACAGUGUCAGCAAGGUGGACAAAAUGUCCCGAAUCAUCUUUCCUGUUCUCUUUGUCAUUUUUAACCUGGUUUAUUGGGCCACAUAUGUCAGCAGAGAGCCAGUUAUCAAAGGCAUGAUUCCACAGAAAAAGACUCCAAUUCCAGCUUGA